CUCACCUUGUAAAAAUUCUUGACAUGAUCAUUUGUUUCGAAAGAUAGCUCCUUUUGAUAUUGUUUUUUUUUCGGAUGUGGAAGAUUUGUAGUUUAUUGGUCAAUCCUCUGACUCUGUAUAUGUAUACUAAAAGCUCGGUGUAGAGUAGAUGGGGAAAGACGCAAAAGGUGGAGGGAAGGGUAAGGGAAAGCAAGCAAGUGGCAGUGAUGAAGCUGCUGCCUCCAAGGGUAAAGGCAAAUCUGGAAAAGCCGCUGAUGGUCUCGGAACCUGCACUUAUGUUAAAGCGAGACACGUUUUGUGUGAAAAGCAAGGGAAGAUCAACGAGGCAUACAAAAAGUUGCAAGAUGGUUGGUUGAGCAAUGGAGACAAGGUUCCUCCUGCUGAGUUUGCAAAGAUUGCAGCAGAGUACUCAGAGUGCCCAUCAGGGAAAAAAGGAGGAGAUCUUGGAUGGUUCCCUAGAGGAAAGAUGGCAGGUCCCUUCCAAGAUGUUGCCUUCAACACACCUGUUGGUGUCACCAGUGCUCCUUUCAAAUCUACGCACGGAUACCACAUCAUCCUGUCUGAAGGAAGGAAGAAUUGACAGAUUACACAUCUGCUAUGCUCUGCUCUUGUGGAAGUCACUUGCUAGUUGUUUACUGUAACCUAUAUAUAUAAAAAAAAAACUCAGCUUUUGUUGUUCUGGUUAAAUGUUUGCUUCAAAUUGUUAACAAAUCUUCUCUGUCGUUUUGAAUAAUGAAUUUCUUAAAGGCUAUUAUAUAUUUUUGCGGUGUUG